ACGAGAUCAUGACCUGGGCCGAAGUCGGACACUUACCUGAUUGAGCCACCCAGGCGCCCCUAGGCUGAGCUCAUUUUUAUAAAACUGUGCUGAAUUUUCUCAUCUCCUGGACUUUGUAAUCCAAAUACGUACUCUCCCACAAUCCGAAUCCGAAUUCUCCUCAUUCCUUUCAUUUUUUUGGAGCACUUCAGAAUCCGGGUGCGCCAUCCUUCCACAUCCUUCUGCCAGUUAAUCUGCUCUACGUGGAGCUCGUCUGAAGCGAGCACUCCCCUUGCCUCAUUCCUUUCUCUGCGGCUCGCUCUUGGGGCUUCUAAGCUCGGUGACCUACCUGUGACCCACAUAGCUGUGGUCAGUUCACAGCAGCCUCUGAUGUCACGGCAGCACACGUUGAAGACCCAGGCUCCCAAGGCCUGGCGCAAGCGCUGGUUCGUCCUCCGGCGGGGCCGCAUGAGCGGCAGCCCGGACGUCUUGGAGUACUACAGGACCAAGCACUCGAGCAAGCCCAUCCGUGUGAUCGACCUCAGCGAGUGUGCAGUGUGCAAGCACGUGGGCCCCGGCUUCGUCCGGAAGGAAUUUCAGAAUAACUUCGUGUUCAUUGUCAAGACCGCUUUGCGUACAUUCUAUCUGGUGGCUAAGACCGAAGUAGAAAUGCUGGUGUGGGUGUACAGCAUCAGUCAGGUCUGCAACUUCGGCCAACUGGAGGAUGGUGCGGAUUCUGUGGACAGCUUCUCGCGCAUGCCCCCAUCCCUGCAGCCAGCCCCUGCCAGCUUCCUGCCCGCGGCCCACGCCGUCAGCUCCUCCUUGCCGAGUGACAACCUGAGCACCAACACCGGUGCCACUGAGGAAAGCAGGAGUGAGUCCGAGUCUCUCUCCCUUCCUGAUUAUCUGAUUCUGUCCGACUGUGAGACCGGAAGACCACGUCACACCAGUCUACCCACCAGAUGUGAUAGCUGGUCAAACUCAGACCGCUCGUUGGAACAGAGUUCAUUUGAUGACGUUUUUGUUGACUGCCUGCAGCCCGCGCCCCCCAGUAACUUGGUCCACCCCUCACGCCAUGGGAAUGGAUCUCAGAAGGUGCCUUCCACGAAGCCUCAGGCUGCCCUGAUAUGGAAUAGAGAUAUCAAUGGGCCAGCCAAGGACCACUUCUCUUCAGCAUUGCUGGAAACUUCCUUAAAUCCCACCGUUCAGGUAGAUAAAAACCAAGGUUCCUUGCCCUGUGUGGUAAAAGAACCAGACAUUGUGUCCAACGUGCCACCGCCCCGCCCCCCUAAGCCAAGCCAUCUCUCUGAACGGCACCAAGAAGAACAGGUCGUGUGGAGUGGGCAUGGCGGCAUCAAGAAGCCAGAGUGCACUAUGGCAGCGAGAAGAAUCUCUCUCUCUGGUUUAGAUAGCAUGAGAACCUGGAAAGCUGAUGUAGAAGGCCAAUCCUUAAAACACCGAGACAAGCGGCUUAGUUUAAAUUUGCCAUGCGGGUUCUCCCCGGUGUACCCCACAGCUUCAGCCAGUGCCGAAGAUGGCUAUGUGCCCAUGGGCCCACAGGUGGCCACCUCUGCUCUUAGAACCCACUGCAGCCAUGAUGACUACAUCCCCAUGAGCCCAGGGAGCAUCUCAAGCCCGCUGCCUGAGCUACCUGCAGACAUGGAGCCUCCCCCAGUGAAUAGAGAUCUCAAGCCUCAGAGGAAACCACGGCCACCCCCGCUGGACCUGAGCCACCUGUCCACCAUCCGGGAACACACGUCUCUAACCAGGACCCGCACUGUGCCUUGCAAUCGAACCAGAUUUCUCUCUCCAGAAAGAAAUGGUAUUAAUUCUGCAAGAUUUUUUGCCAAUUCUGUUUCCAGAGAAGAGGAAGAAAGCUACAUCCACAUGAAUCGCAGGACGGCCAAGUCCCUAAGCAGUGGUGCUCUGACCUGGACAAAGAAAUUCAGCCUGGACUAUUUAGCACUGGACUUCAAUUCUGCGUCACCAGCCCCUAUACAGCAGAAACUCUUCCUUUCAGAAGAGCAAAGAGUGGACUAUGUCCAAGUGGAUGAACAGAAGACACAAGCCCUCCAGAGCACGAAGCAGGAGUGGACGGAUGAGAGGCAAUCGAAAGCGUGAGAUACGUGCUUGGGCCAUGUGUGGGGCAAGGAAGCCCGCGGCUUGCUCUGGGCGUCUUUUGCCAGGGUUGCAGUGAUGGUCCAUGCAGGCCAGGAAUCAGAGAGAGUAUGUCACUUCCGCGGACUCGGCCAGAACAUCUACACCGAAUGGGGAGAAGGAAGAAGUGGUCUCCUGGCCCCACCCCCACCCCACCCGUCUCGGCCGUGUCCCUCUCCUACCACAUGAGCCCAGAGCCUCCCAGAUGCUUAGAGUCGGCUCCCAUACCCAUAAGAGGCGGCCAUGGACUGUCAUGUAGAAAACUCCAUUCAGGCAUGGUAGGAACAAGAAAAGCAAGACUUGGGACAAUAUUUUUCCCAGAGCUUUUAAGAAUCUCUCCAAUGGAGCAUUUGGAGUACAGAUUCGAGCCAGUAUUGCUACCAAACAGAAUCAUUUGACUCUAAUGCUUGCAAAUUCCGACCUUUCUUCUGUGUUUCCAUUGAAUCAUAAAUCAUCCUGGCGGAGAGGCUCCUGGAGACCAUCUUGUCCCAGGCCCUGCACACAUGGUUGAGGAGAUCAAACCCAGAGGUGGUGGCAGAGUUUGCAUUCCUUACUGCAAAGGCCCCAACAGACGAAUCAUUUCUGUCCCUAGCGAAAGACAGGUCAAGUGAGAGGGGCAGUGAGUCCUGGGCUCUGUGGUGAGCGUGUCAGAGGACACUAGUGGCGCUAAGGGUGUCAUGGCCGAACAGCUGCCUGCGGCUGGGUGUUCCAUUGCUGCCAGCCUCUCAACACGUUUUCACAUGCGUUGUCUCAUGCCUUCUCAAAAACCUCCGAAGCGAGGCUUGGCAGAGAACGUUGCUCCCACCUGGAAGCAAAUGACAGCCAGAGGAGGGAGCAGUGUGCCUGAGAUCACUCGCAGAGCCAAGGCCCGGGGUGAGGUCCCCCACAGGCCCAUUCCACCAUCUUCCACUGCCUCUGAGGAUUUUGAUGAGAUCUAGGAGUUUGGCCAACCUUGGGGACUUGAAAAACACAUGCAGACACGAGAUGAGUCAUCAUCCCCCCUCCCUUUCAUAGGAUUUUGAACAGGUGCCGUUCCUACUUGACAAGUAUGCAUGCCAAGCUGGCUUUUCUUUGUGUGGUGUUCCAAUGGGAGGCCCUAACAUAAUCAGUGGUUACCCUGAGCAAUACCUCCUGACCGUCACUGUGAAAGCCAUUCUUGGAUCAUGUGGUCCCUUGCACGGUGUUUCCCGCAAACCGGCUGGGGGCGGCAGAAGAAUUGUUUGCCACCUCAGGGAAGGCACAAAUUGUCUUUGGCUGUCCUAUGCUAGCCCUCAGCUUUUGAGUGAUAGUUGUGACCAGAAAACAAACAAACGCAACAGAAAAAACUUUAAACAAUGAAUUCCAUUCUCAAAUUUCCUGGCGAAUUUCUCCCUUCUUCUUUAGUGAUGGCUAAGUCCUGAGAGCAAAGGGCACCACUGUGUAGUGAGGACAUCAUGUCACUCCCUCCUUUAUGGGGCACUGGUGUUCAGGGGGGACAGGUGAAGGUCUCAGUCGGGUGUGGGGUUGUGUUUAAUGGCCCUUCCCGAUUCUUCCGAGAGCCUGUAGCCAGAAGACAGAUGGGAACAAGCGGGAAUGAAGCAGAUACAGGUCCGCCAUUCUGACUGGCAUUGCGUCUCACGGAAGGAAGGCUUCAGGGGCAGGCCGGUCUGUGGCAGUCAGGCUCCGUCAGGGAAGUUGUAGGCUCUGCUGUGGGGUUUUAGGGCUCAAAAUGCCCCAAAGGUAAGUAAUGCCAGUCUGGGCGUUUCAGACCGUAGAAGUAAUUCUGAUGUUCAAAGCAACAGGAUCUGGUGACCUCAUUUUCUUCCUGGAGUAAGGUGGGGGGAAAUGGUGGAAUGCUUUCAAUGACAUAAGAAUCCUCAGUGAGCCCAGAUGGAGAAAUGCGAGCCCUCCCCUCCCCCCCCCCCCCCGCCCCCUGCGGCCAGCUCCGUGUCACAACACACAGGCCAGAGCCUGUAAGGAGCCAUCUUCUUCCCUCUGUGACUUGCAAAGAGUCACAGAGCCUCAGGCAAGAAUCCAGGGUGCUGGACUGCCAGUUCUCAUAGAUGGUAACUUCCUUGUGUGUGGGGCCACCUGUCUUUAGAUCCCGACAAAGGAGGCUGGUGCAGCAAAAUUGUAUGCGCAAGUGUCGAGAACCACACCAGACUUGGAACAGAUCACAGAUACAGUGGAAAUUAUGUCCGUAGUGAAAUGUCAUCCGAUUGGCCACACACACAAAACCUCUUUCUACAAAGUAUUUCCAGGGAAGUGUUGACUGCACGAAGCAACACACAUGACUGGUGUGACUUGUUUGGAAGCCAUUAGUGAGGCAUUAACAAAAAAGACAACCUCACCCUCCUUUCCAGGAUGUGUGUGAUUAUGUCCGGCUUCAAUAAGACUGCUAAUGGAUGCUUGCCCCAAAGCACAUGACCCGGGGACACAAAGUACAGGUAAUUUUGAGCUGAUAGCAGCACGUGCUCCUGAGAAAGCACCACGAAUGAAAAUGCUACUGGCCAAACCCUGUUCUCCUGCUGGGAUAAACCGUGUGUAAUGGGGCUGUGAUUCUGACCAGGGUCUGAGGUUUCAGCGUUGUUUUGUUUUGUUUUGUUUUGUUUUGUUUUGUUUUGUUUUUAGUAGAAAUGAUUGCAGGUACCAUUCCGAGUCAAGCACACAUGGCAUGUGCGUCCACUGUGCGGGGCACACCUUCCCAGGAGAUAGCAAGACAUUUGAGCCCACGUUGUUUUCUGCAGUUCCUUUUUGCCUGGUUUUUCUUCCAUCUCAUUUCUUUAGGAAAUUCCUCCAGAUCAGGGGUUGUGCAGUGCAGAAGUGGGGGAGGAGCCCCAAGGCCCAGGACACAGCUUGGCCUCAGAGGCACAGAGUCAUCCUGUGCAGGCCAAUGUCCUAGAGCAAGGACAGGCUGAACUGUGGCCUUUAGAUCUGAGUCAAGACAGAAGGCUCCCCUCAGGCCUGGCUUUCUCCUCCCAAGGCCGUCUCCAUCCCUGUCAAUACCUUCCUUGUACCCACAGUCGUGUUGAUCUUAAAACAUUCAUUAUGUUUUUUACUGUUUCAUUUCUGGCAUUAAUAAAAGUCUUAUAAGGAAGAACCACA